AUGGCGAAGCAAAGCUCGCUUUUCAAUUUUUUCACCAAGUCUCCCCCGCCGGCUUCCAAGCCGAAGCUGAGUUCCACUCCGGCGGAGGCAGACCUGCCCUCCUCCGUUCAGAAGUCCAACUCGUCUCCGAAAGAGGAAGCUAAGCAAACACAGCUGCAGCAGACCAAGACCAGCAGUGUUAAAAAGAAAAGUGGGUCAAAGACUGCCAGCGGGGGACUCAAGAAGCUGUUUGGCGAUAAGGCCCCGAAGGCUGACAACAGGUUCGUUUUGGGAGCCGUCAGCUCAACAUGUUUGUUCAGUGCUGGUGCCCUUGUGUGGGCAAAACUGGAAGGGCACCCCUGGUGGCCAUGCAUGGUGGUGCCCCAACCCCUGACUGGCCAGCAGAUGAGGGGGCGUGGCCGGGACCAGCGCAUCCACGUUCAUUUCUUUGAUGACCCUCCUACCCGAGGAUGGGUUAACAACAAAUAUGUCAGAGAGUACCAAGGCUCUGACAGCAGUGAUGUGAAACCUGGAGGGGUGUUCUUCAGCAGCAAACCCGUGAUCCGCCGGGCCAUAGACCUCGCCGAUAAAGUUAUGUUUGACAGUCCUGAAAAAAGAUUAAAGAUGCCUCUGUGCAUGGAUCCGUCUGAUGAGGAAGACGAUGAUGAGGAUGAAGAGGAGGAAAUGGAGCUUGAAAAGUCAAGUAGUGAUGAAGAGGUUGGAGAUGAGGACAACAAAAAAAAACAGGAAGUAAAGCCUUCCAAAAGGAGCCAGCGCUCGUCCUGUCUGCCUGCGGACACAGGGAGCAAACCAAAGCGUCGUCGCAUUGUUGUGGCCUCUGACAGCGACGAGUCGGAUGAGGAGUUCAAACCGGAGCAUGCUGCUUCUAGCAGCGAAGAUGAGGAGGAGGAGGGGACCGUGAGUAGUGAAGAGCAGGAAGAGAGCAUGCAGGAGUCGGAGGUAGAGAGCCCCAUCAAGCCUGUGAAACGCAAACGCCCCUCUGAGAAGUCUGUCAGCACAAAACCAAAGCCACCCUCCACCCCGCUGGCCACUCCUAAACGGGCGGCGCCGGCCAUCACAACCGACACUAAGUCGCGCCUGUCGGCCUUCUCUGCUCCUGACAGCUUUGAGAGUCAGGCCAACGGAGCGGGUCCCGCUGGAGGUGGAACAGUGUGGGACCACGAGAAGCUGGAGUGGCUGCAGGAAGGCAGGAGGAAAGAUAGCAAAAGGCGGCGCCAGUCGGAGGACGACUAUGAUCCCACCACCCUGUACGUUCCCGAAGACUUCCUGAACAGAAACACUCCUGGAAUGCGUCGAUGGUGGCAGAUCAAAUCUGGGAUGUUUGACACGGUGAUUUUCUACAAGGUGGGAAAGUUUUACGAGCUGUACCACAUGGACGCCGUGGUAGGAGUCAACGAGAUGGGGCUGACCUUUAUGAAGGGGGCCUGGGCUCACUCCGGUUUCCCAGAGAUCGGGUUUGCGCGGUUCUCCGACGUAUUGGUCCAGAAGGGCUACAAGGUGGCUCGCGUGGAGCAGACGGAGACCCCAGAAAUGAUGGAGGCGCGUUGCAAGACCAUGGCCAAGCCCACUAAGUUUGACCGUGUUGUGAGAAGGGAGGUGUGCCGGAUUAUCACUCGUGGCACACAGACCUACAGCGUGCUGGACGGCGCUCCCUCUGAGAGCCAAAGCAAGUUCCUCCUUAGUUUGAAAGAAAAAGCAGACGAGGAGAGCUCCGGCCGGCAUCGCACGUACGGCGUCUGCUUUGUGGACACCUCGGUGGGUUAUUUCCACAUCGGCCAGUUCCCAGACGACCGUCACUGCUCACGCCUGCGCACUCUCAUCGCUCACUUUUCCCCCGCCGAGGUGCUGUUUGAAAAGGGGAACCCAUCGGUGGAAACUCGCAAAAUACUGAAGGCGUCUCUGGCGUCUGCUCUGCAGGAGGGACUCAAUGCAGGAACUCAGUUCUGGGACGCUCAGAAGACUCUCAAAACCCUCUCGGAGGAGGACUAUUUCAAGGAGACUGCUGGAGAGGGGCAGGGGACGGGGAACAGUUUUCUUCCCCCUCUCAUCAAAAAAAUGACCUCCGAGAGUGACUCGCUGUGCCUAACCCCGAAAGAAGGCUACGAGCUGGCGCUGUCUGCCUUUGGUGGAUGCGUGUUCUACCUGAAGAAAUGUCUGGUGGACAAAGAGCUGCUGUCCAUGGCCAACUUUGAGGAGUAUGUCCCGGUUGAUGUUGAGUUGGAGAAAGCGGCCGGACCUGCCAGUUUCUUCGCACAGACUCGCCAGCGGAUGGUCCUGGACGGAGUGACUUUGACAAACUUGGAAAUCUUUCAGAACGGAUCGGGGGGGAGUGUGGGCACACUGUUGGAGCGUUUGGACACGUGCUCCACCCCCUUUGGUAAGCGGCUGCUGAAGCAGUGGCUCUGUGCUCCCCUGUGUAACCCCGCCUCCAUCAGGGACCGGCUGGACGCUGUGGAUGACCUGAUGGGAGCUCAGGCUCAGGCCACCGAGGCCUCCGACCUGCUGAAGAAGCUCCCGGACCUGGAGCGUCUCCUGAGCAAGAUCCACGGUCUGGGCACUCCUCUGAAGGGGCCGGAGCACCCAGACAGCAGAGCGGUUCUGUACGAAGAGGUCACCUACAGCAAGCGCAAGAUCGCAGACUUCCUCUCUGCUCUAGAAGGCUUUAAAACCAUGCAGGAGAUUAUUUCUGCCUUUGCCCCGGUUUCAGGCCAUUUGAAUUCCCCAUUGCUUCUGCAGGUGGUCAGUCUGAAGACGGAAAAGGACGGCCUCUUUCCCGACCUCUCUGCCGAGCUCAAGCGCUGGGAGACGGCUUUCGACCACCAGAAAGCCCGGACCACUGGUGUCAUCACCCCGAAAGCCGGCUUUGACCCCGAAUACGACCAGGCGCUGACGGGAAUCAAGAGCUGCGAGCGAGAGCUGCAGGACUACCUGGAGAGACAGAAGAAGAGACUGGGCUGCAAAAGCAUGUCCUACUGGGGAACCGGGCGGAACCGCUUUCAGAUGGAGGUUCCUGACAGCCUCUCGGAGAGGAACAUCCCGGAGGAGUACGAAGUGAAGUCCACAAAGAAGGGCUGGAAGCGCUACGUGACCAGAGAGACGGAGCGGCUGUUCUCAGAGCUGCAGGGACUGGAGGAGAAGAGAGACGCUGCCCUGAAGGACUGCAUGAGGAGGCUCUUCUACAACUUUGACAAGAACUACAGAGACUGGAAGACUGCUGUGGAGUGCAUGGCAGUGCUGGAUGUGCUGCUGGCGUUGGCGCGCUACAGCCAGGGAGGAGACGGCGUCAUGGCCCGGCCGCAGUUGCUACUCCCUGAGGAUGACCCCCAGGCCGUGCCCUUCAUUGAACUUACAGGAUCCCGUCACCCCUGUGUCACCAAGACCUUUUUUGGCGAUGACUUUAUUCCCAAUGACGUGUUCGUCGGCUGCCCGGGGAGCGGGGACAGCAGUGAGGGAGAAGGCUCCGCCUCCUGUGUUCUUGUCACAGGGCCAAACAUGGGGGGCAAGUCUACUCUUAUGAGACAGUGUGGACUUGUGGUCAUCCUGGCACAGCUGGGGUGCUACGUUCCAGCCGAGAGCCUCCGUUUUACACCAGUCGACAGAGUCUUCACCAGGCUGGGGGCCUCUGACCGAAUCAUGGCGGGAGAGAGCACCUUCUUUGUGGAGCUGAGUGAGACCGCCACCAUCCUGCACCACGCCACCAAACACUCCCUCGUGCUCCUGGAUGAAUUAGGAAGGGGCACGGCCACAUACGACGGCACAGCCAUCGCCAGCGCCGUGGUGAAGGAGCUGGCCGAGAAGAUCUGCUGCCGCACUCUGUUCUCCACACAUUACCACUCCCUGGUGGAGGACUACGCCAGCAACCCCGCCGUGCGGCUGGGCCACAUGGCGUGCAUGGUGGAGAACGAGUGCGAGGAUCCCAGUCAAGAGACGAUCACAUUCCUCUACAAGUUCAUAACUGGUGCUUGCCCAAAGAGCUACGGUUUCAACGCCGCGCGACUGGCCAGCCUACCAGAGGAGGUCAUCCAGUCCGGACACAGGAAGGCCAGAGAGUUUGAGAGGAGCACAGUCGGCCUCCGGCUAUUCAAGAAGCUGUGUCAGUUUGCUGAAGAUGCUACACUGGACAGCACACAUCUGGCCUCUCUCAUCCAGCUGCUCAACAGCCUGUAG